AUGCGAGAUUUUGCUAAAAUCUCGCUUCUUCUUCUAUUAUCCACAAGUUUCUUGUGUGCUUUUGCACAAGAUGAUCAAUCUUCUGAAGACACAACUUCAACAGAAGUUGAGCAACCAUCUCAACAACAACAAAGUAAUGGACCACCAGUCCCAGAUUUUCUCUUCAAACUUCCACGUUUUGCGCAAAGAGAAUUCUUCAAUAUUAUUACUAAUGAUCAAUUAUCUAUUGAUGAACAAAAUGCUCAACUUGCUAUUUGGGCAAAGGCUUUCAAUGUUACAGUGAGUUUUUUACUCUUUAUUCUAAUUAUAGAAUACAACUAUAAUGAUAUUCGUGUCUAGGAUUCAUUAAACAAAUGGACAAAACAAGUCCAAGACGAAAAGGCGGCAGUCACUCAAGGAGUUGGAAAUGUUGUUGGAAAUAUUACUGAUGUUUAUAGUCAACUUGAGACUAUUCUUUCCAACACUAACAUCACUCGACGUGAUCAAGGCGAACAAAUCCGCAAAUUAUCUGAUCUUCAUCCAAAGGUUGGUGCUAUUCACACACUAGUUUUGAAAAAUACUUACUUAACUUCAGGAAGUUCGUGCUCUUUUCUUCAUUGCUCGCAACUACCGUCAAGAUAACACCAAACAAGUUGGAUCUCAAUUGGGUUCAAUGCUCGGAUCACCAAGAGGAUUUUCGCCACGUGGUGGACGUCGGCGCGGUGGAUUCCCAGGUGGACAAGGAAGAGGGGGAUUCCCAGGACCACAAGGGCCAAGUGAAGAUGAUCAAUUCGGCCCACAGGGGCCAGGAGGACGUGGAGGUUUCCCAGGGCCACAAGGGCCAGGUGGACAAGGUGGAUUCCCAGGACCACAAGGACCAGGCGGAAGAAGAGGAUUCCCAGGACCACAAGGGCCAGGAGGACGUGGAGGUUUCCCAGGGCCACAAGGGCCAGGUGGACAAGGUGGAUUCCCAGGACCACAAGGACCAGGAGGAAGAAGAGGAUUCCCAGGACCACAAGGGCCAGGAGGAAGAGGAGGUCAAGGUGGACUCCCAGGCCCACAACAAGGAGGUCAAGGUGGAUUUCCAGGCCCACAACAAGGAGGUCAAGGAGGAUUCCCAGGACAACAAGGACAAAACGGUCAACAACAAUCCGGACCACAAAACGAUUUCCCAGACUUCGGACAACAAUCCCAAGGUGGAAACCAAGGUGGAUUCUCAGGAAACAAUCAGCGCCAAGGAUCGUUCGGACCACAACAAGGAGGUCAACAAGGAAAUCAACAAUCUUUCGGACAACAAGGAUUCAAUCAACAACAAUUAGGAUCUCAAUCACAGAACCAACAACAAAAUGAUUAUUAUGGAUCAGCAUGGCAAUCAUCCAAGAGUUCUUAUCCACGUCAAACUCGUCAAGCUCAACAAAAUAAUGACUAUUAUGAUGAUUCAAACAGUCAACAACAAAACUCGCAAUCAUCGAGAGGACAAGAUUCUUUCGGCCCACAAUCUCAAGGCGGAAACCAAGGUUUCCCAGGCCCACAAGGGCCAAGCGGAGAUGAUCAAUUCGGCCCACAAGGACCAGGUGGACGUGGAGGUUUCCCAGGCCCACAAGGACCAGGCGGACGUGGAGGUUUCCCAGGCCCACAAGGACCAGGCGGACGUGGAGGUUUCCCAGGGCCACAAGGGCCAAGCGGAGAUGAUCAAGGCCAACGAGGACCAGGUGGACGUGGAGGUUUCCCAGGCCCACAAGGACCAGUUGGACGUGGAGGUUUCCCAGGCCCACAAGGACCAGGCGGACGUGGAGGUUUCCCAGGGCCACAAGGGCCAAGCGGAGAUGAUCAAGGCCAACGAGGACCAGGUGGACGUGGAGGUUUCCCAGGCCCACAAGGACCAGUUGGACGUGGAGGUUUCCCAGGCCCACAAGGACCAGGCGGACGUGGAGGUUUCCCAGGGCCACAAGGGCCAAGCGGAGAUGAUCAAGGCCAACGAGGACCAGGUGGACGUGGAGAUUUCCCAGGCCCACAAGGACCAGUUGGACGUGGAGGUUUCCCAGGCCCACAAGGACCAGGCGGACGUGGACGUUUCCCAGGCCCACAAGGGCCAAGCGGAGAUGAUCAAGGCCAACGAGGACCAGGUGGACGUGGAGAUUUCCCAGGCCAACAAGGACCAGGUGGACGUGGAGGUUUCCCAGGCCCACAAGGACCAGGCGGACGUGGAGGUUUCCCAGGCCCACAAGGGCCAAGCGGAGAUGAUCAAGGCCAACAAGGACCAGGUGGACGUGGAGGUUUCCCAGGCCCACAAGGACCAGGCGGACGUGGACGUUUCCCAGGGCCACAAGAGCCAAGCGGAGAUGAUCAAGGCCAACGAGGACCAGGUGGACGUGGAGGUUUCCCAGGCCCACAAGGACCAGGCGGACGUGGAGGUUUCCCAGGCCCACAAGGGCCAAGCGGAGAUGAUCAAGGCCAACAAGGACCAGGUGGACGUGGAGGUUUCCCAGGCCCACAAGGAGGCAGAGGUGGAAGAGGAGGCUUCCCAGGCCCACAAGGACCAAGCGGAGAUGAUCAAGGCCAACAAGGACCAGGCGGACGUGGAGGUUUCCCAGGCCCACAAGGACCAGGUGGACGUGGAGGUUUCCCAGGCCCACAAGGGCCAAGCGGAGAUGAUCAAUUCGGACCUCAAAACGAUUUCCCAGGAUUUGGACCACAACAAGAUGGACAACAAGGAGGCAGAGGUGGAAGAGGAGGUUUCCCAGGACAACAAGGGCCAGGAGGCCGAGGUGGAUUCCCAGGAUCCCAACAAGGGCCAAGCGGAGAUGAUCAAGGCCAACAAGGACCAGGCGGACGCGGAGGUUACCCAGGCCCACAAGGACCAGGCGGACGAGAAGGCUUCCCAGGCCCACAAGGGCCAAGCGGAGAUGAUCAAGGCCAACGAGGACCAGGUGGACGUGGAGGUUUCCCAGGCCCACAAGGACCAGGCGGACGUGGAGGUUUCCCAGGACCACAAGGGCCAGGCGGAGAUGAUCAAGGCCAACAAGGACCAGGUGGACGUGGAGGUUUCCCAGGACCACAAGGAGGCAGAGGUGGAAGAGGAGGCUUCCCAGGCCCACAAGGACCAAGCGGAGAUGAUCAAUUCGGACCUCAAAACGAUUUCCCAGGAUUUGGACCACAACAAGAUGGACAACAAGGAGGUCGCGGAGGACGUGGUGGACAAGGCCCACAACAAGGAGGAUUCCCAGGACAACAAGGAGGCAGAGGUGGAAGAGGAGGUUUCCCAGGCCCACAACAAGGUGGACAAGGAGGUUUCCCAGGCCCACAACAAGGUGGACAAGGAGGUUUCCCAGGCCCACAACAAGGUGGACAAGGAGGUCAAGGUGGAAGAGGAGGUUUCCCAGGCCCACAACAAGGCCCACAACAACAAGGAGGCUUCCCAGGAUCUCAACAAGGCCCAAGCGGAGAUGAUCAAUUUGGACCACAACAAGGUGGACAAGGAGGUCAAGGUGGAUUCCCAGGACAGCAACAAGGCCCACAACAACAAGGAGGUUUCCCAGGACAACAACAGGGUGGACAAGGCGGAUUCCCAGGCCCACAACAAGGAGGCCAAGGAGGACGUGGUGGACAAGGCCCACAACAAGGAGGAUUCCCAGGACAACAAGGGCCACAACAACAAGGUCAAGGAGGUUUCCCAGGACAACAACAGGGUCGACAAGGCGGAUUCCCAGGCCCACAACAAGGAGGAUUCCCAGGACAACAAGGGCCACAACAACAAGGUCAAGGAGGUUUCCCAGGCCCACAACAAGGCCCACAACAACAAGGUCAAGGAGGUUUCCCAGGCCCACAACAAGGCCCACAACAACAAGGACAAGGAGGUCGCGGUGGAAGAGGAGGAUUCCCAGGUUCUCAACAAGGCCCACAACAAAGAGGUUUCCCAGGACAACAAAAUGAUGAUGGACAAUCGUCAUUCGGACCACAAGGAAACCAAUUCGACUCAAACAACAAUGUAUCAAACAAAGGUAACUUCCUAAAUCUCAAUACCAAGACAAAAUAUUAAAAUAAAAACUUUCAGAUAACUUCUCACAAUAUUUCGGCGGCCGUCAAAGCCCAACUCGAUUCGAUCAAUCAUCCGGAUACGGAAUGAGAUCAUCAAAUAACAAUAAUAAUAAUAAUGAUUAUUCUAACACAGUCAGCUUCUAA